UCUUCUUAAUUCAUUUUUUGUACCCUACAAAAGCUUAAGCUCUUUCCGGCCGUUUCAUGCAGCUCACAACCCCAUAACCAUAAUCACCUCCCUCUAAACAUGUCCUUCAGCAAUAGUUUCAAAAGAAAGCUCUUUAAGCAUACCGCAUUCUUAGGCCUUCCAUUAUGGGUUUUGAUUAUACUUCUCAGUGCAUUCUGCAUUGUUAUCGUUUUGGUCAUCAUAUCUCUCUGCUUCAUCUGUCGUCGUCGCCGAAAAUCCUACAAAGACAACUACUUUUGCUUACCAAAUCCUAUCCCCUGCAAGCCUCAUCGUUACGACAGUUACAGCAUGUCGUCCCUCGAUAGGAGGCUACUUCCACGUAACAUAUACGAGGUUGAGAUGAGCAAUGGGAGGUCUUCGGAAGGUCAUUCUGGGACAACUCCUCAACAACAUUGGAUUGUGACUGAUGACGUGGAAUCAGUUGUUAGGUACUUGCCGGUGGCCAAGGAUGUUUGGAGGGGGAGCAAGUUUAGUCUAAAGGAGAUUGAGAUGGCGACGAACAGGUUGGCAAAAGAAAAUGUGAUCGGAAGUGGGGAUUAUGGGGUUGUUUAUCGUGGCAUUUUGUUGGAUAAUACGCGAGUGGCAGUGAAGAAGCUAGUGAGCGGCAGUUGCCAAGCUGAGGAUUUCAUAGCAGAAGUGGAGACAUUUGGGCAAGUUAGGCACAAGAAUCUUGUCAAGCUGCUUGGAUGCUGUAUUGAAGGAACAUACAGGAUGCUUGUAUAUGAGUAUGUAGAUUAUGGUAAUCUAUACGAGUGGCUUCAUGGAAGCCCAGAAAUCAGUCCUCUAACAUGGAGUACAAGGAUAAAAAUUAUCCAAGGAAUUGCAAAAGGAUUGGCCUAUCUUCAUGAGGACCUUGAGCCAAGCGUUCUUCAUGGAUGCCUAAAAUCUAGCAAUAUACUGCUUGAUCACCAAUGGAAUCCGAAGAUAACUGAUUUUGGCCUUGCUAAGCUUUUUGAUCCUGAGUGGAGUCACCUAAUUAUGGAAACUUUAGGUUACGUAGCUCCAGAAUCUCCUUCAACUGACGCAUUCACUGAGGAGACUGAUGUUUAUAGCUUCGGGAUACUUGUCAUGGAGAUCAUCUCUGGAUUGAUCCCAGUAGAUAGCCGUCAACCCCAACCAUAUUUGAUUGAGUGGUUUAAGUCCAUGGUUGCGAAUCGAGAAAUUUCUUGUGUGGUGGAUCCUAAAUUGCCAGAAAUGCCUUCUUUAAAGGGUCUCAAACGGAUUAUUCUGGUUGCUCUUCGAUGUGUAGAUCCUAAUAUAAAUCAUAGGCCUAAAAUGGGAGAUGUGGUUCACAUGCUUGAGCAAUGUGACAUGCUACUCAAUAAUGCUGGCUGUCGUAGUGAAGUAUUUCUGGAUCCAUAA